AUGAGUCCCAAGCAGAUCGACGGCAAGGAGGUGGCCAAGCACAACUCGAUGGAGACGGGCGUGUGGAUCGUGGUCCAUGUCUACGACAUGACCGAGUUCCUGGAGGAGCACCCAGGUGGUCCCGACAUUAUUCUUCAGUACGGCGGCAAGGACGCGACUGAGGAGUAUGACCCUAUUCACCCGCCCGACGCUAUCAAGGACAACCUCGACCCCUCAAAGCACAUUGGAACCCUCAUCCCCGGCAGCCUGGCUCCUCCAGCUCCUGCUGCGGCCCCCGAACCCGUGCAGUCCACUGCUGUGGUCACCACAGGCCAGGUCGCAGCCCCUCAGCCGUAUGUCAAGCCCGACCUCAGCGAGAUUCUCUCGCUCCACGACUUUGAGGCGGUUGCUCGCCACACCAUGAACCGCCGUGGAUGGAACUACUACUCGUCUGGUGCAGACGACGAGAUCACCAUGCGCGAGAACAACACUGCUUACCAGCGUAUCUGGUUCCGUCCUCGCAUUCUUCGUGACGUGACCAAGGUCGACUUUUCGACCGAGAUCCUGGGCCACAAGUCGUCCAUGCCCGUGUACAUUACUGCCACUGCACUUGGCAAGCUCGGCCACCCCGAAGGCGAGGUGGUCCUCACCCGUGCCGCUCACGAGCACGGUAUUAUCCAGAUGAUCCCGACGCUGGCGUCGUGCGGAUUUGACGAGAUGGUGGACGCUGCCGCGCCUGGCCAGGUCCAGUUCCUGCAGCUGUACGUGAACGCGGACAAGAGCCGUACCAAGAAGAUUAUCGAGCACGCCGGCAAGCGUGGUGUCAAGGCACUCUUCAUCACUGUCGACGCUCCCCAGCUCGGCCGUCGCGAAAAGGACAUGCGCACCAAGUUUGAGGGUAACGCCUCGUCACACCAGACCAAGGGUGGCGACAAGGUCCAGCGCGACGCCGGUGCAGCCCGUGCCAUCUCGUCCUUUAUCGACCCCUCCCUCUCGUGGAAGGACAUUCCCUUUCUCAAAGAGUGUGCUGGCGACAUGAAGAUCAUCCUCAAGGGUGUCCAGAGCUGGGAGGACGCUGUGCUUGCUGCCGAGCGCGGCUGCGACGGUGUCGUUCUGUCCAACCACGGUGGUCGCCAGCUCGACACUGCCCCGGCCGGUAUCACCAUUCUCCCCGAGGUCGUCGCUGCUCUCAACCAGCGUGGUCUCCUCGUUCCCCCCGGCAAGCCUCGCUUCGAGAUCAUGGUCGACGGUGGUGUCCGCCGUGCCACUGACGUCCUCAAGGCCGUCGCCCUCGGCGCAACCGCCGUCGGUGUGGGCAGGCCAUUCCUUUACUCCAUGUCGACUUACGGCUUUGAGGGUGUCUGUCACAUGCUCCAGAUCCUCAAGGAUGAGUUUGAGAUGAACAUGCGCCUCAUCGGUGCCCCCACCCUCACCGACGUCGUCCCCUCCAUGGUCGACAUUAGCGCCCUCAAGGUCCCAACGGUUGGCAACACCAUGUUCGGCGUCAACUACGAGACAAUGUACCCGGCAGGUGUCAAGGCAAAGCUCUAG